CUGCCCUCCCCCUCCCUGGCGGCCAUCACAGGAGACCAACACCAGCUUCCCUGCCCAGGAGAAGCCCUAGAUGAGGAAGCUGAGACCCCAAAAGAGACAGUGACGUACCCAAGGCCACGUCCAACAUGCAGGCUCCUGCUAUGAUGCCUCUGCUGCUUGUGCUCAUGGGCCUCGUGGGAGCACUUCAGAGCCACCCCAUCACACGACGAGGACUCUUGUCUGAAGAAAGGCCCCUGGACAUGGCCCCAACCUCCUUUGACGACCAGUAUGUUGGCUGUGCAGCAGCCAUGACAGCUGCUCUCCCAGAUCUCAACCGCACCGAGUUCCAGACCAACGAAGUGUAUGCUAAAAGCUGGGUGAAGGCCAGCAGAAAAUGGCAGGACCGCAAAGCCUGGGGGCCAGAGUGGGGUCUCAGCCUCACCGCGAUGUCCCCACCACCCCCCGGCUUCCGUGAUGAGCACGGGGUGGCCCUCCUGGCCUACACGGCCAACACCCCCCUGCACAAGGAGUUCAACGCGGCCCUGAGGGAGGCAGGCUGUAACCGAGACCACUACCUCCAACACUUCUCCUACAAGACCUUCCAUUUCCUGCUGACCGAGGCCCUACAGCUGCUGAGCAAGGCCCAGCGUCCUCCCCAGUGCCGCCAGGUGUUCCGAGGGGUACAAGGCCUGCGCUUCCAGCCAACGGGACCUGGGGCCACCGUCCGGCUGGGGAGCUUUUCCUCGGCGUCCCUGAAUAAGGCCACAGCGCAGGGUUUUGGGAAGGACACCUUCUUUGGCAUCUGGACCUGCCUUGGUGUCCCUAUCUGGAACUACUCCUUCUUCCCCGGGGAGGAGGAGGUGCUGAUCCCCCCCUUUGAGACCUUCCAGGUGAUCAACAGCAGCCGACCUGCCCAGGGCCCCACCCGCAUCUACCUCCGGGCCCUGGGCAAGCACAGCGGGUACAACUGCGAGUACAUCAAAGCCAUGCAAUGCAACUCUACGUCCUGCCAUCUGGAAAACUCAGCCAUGGGACAGGGCUCUCUGUCUACAGUCUGGUUCCUUCCACUGCUACUCUGGUUCCUUGUCGGGGGAGUCUUUCCAGAGUAUCCAGGCCUCCUCUAACUCAUCAGACCCUGAACAGCCCUGCCGGCCACCUCUGCCCAACACGAGGACGUCAGCCACAUGUGUGCUUUACUCUUAAGUGUGGUCAAGAUCCGCAGAUACACCACCUGCAGGGAACUGUGGGACCUUCUCUGGCAGCUGCCAGGCCCGAUGGUAGAGAGAGAGAAUUUUGGGCCUGAACUUUACCCAGUGCUCUAGGAGUGACACAUUGAAGAGAGGUAGGGGGACUCCAGGACAGGCAACAACUCACUCGGAGGAGGAAGAAGAUUAAACUCGGUGUGGAGGUGCUGGGAGGAAAGCACGUGGCCAUGG